CCACUCAUGCCAAUCUUUCCCUUUAAGUGGGGGGCUAUGAGAAUCCCAGUAGCACUGAUUUCGUAGCCAUUGUACCCCUUUUGGUUGAGUGCCACCACAGGCGCAGGGCACGAUGGAGCGCCUCGUGGUCAUCUUUGCCGUUUCGUCGCUCGCCCUCGCAGGAUACUCCAGCAGCGAUGAGGUCCCGGGCAAGCCGCUGAGGGUCAACUCUUUCGGUCAGCACACGGAGGACCUCGCGAGGACGACCACGGACCUGAUCGACGCCCUGGGCGCCCUGGAGGCUGCCCGCGGCACGGGCACGGGCCCGCACAGGGCGCGGCGCUCCGCGGAGGUGUCGGCGGCGCACGCGCGCCUCAACCGGGUCAUGGAGGACAUCCGCCUGCCCGAGCGCAUGACCUUCUUCUCGCUGGAGAGCACGGGCGCCGACGCGCGCACCCCCAGGGUGUGCCGGCUGUGCAACGCCGCGGCCGGCGCCGUCAUCCACGCCAUCCGCGCGCAGAACAAGACGGGCGACGCGCUGGGCGAGCUCGUCAUCGAGCUGUGCGUCCGAGCCAACGUCAUCACGCCGCACAUCUGCAGGGGCAUGAUCAAGGCCAACCUGGAAAUAGUGGAGUACGUCGUGAGAAACACCAAGACCCUGGACGGCCCCUUCGCGUGCAGCACCAUCAUGAGGGAGUGCGCGGACGGCACCCCGGCCAUCAAGUGGACCCUCGACAAAGCCAUGGGCAAAAAGCCCCCGGGCAAGAUACACGGCACCAUCCUGGACUUGACGACCCCCCCGGAGGUGGAGCCGUACCGCAUCCUGCAGAUCACGGACUACCACUGGGACACCACGUACAACCCGGAGGGCACCAUCCGCUGCGGCGAGCCCACCUGCUGCCGCCGCGCCCAGGGCGACGCCAAGCGGCCCGAGGACCGCGCCGGCAAGUGGGGCAACUACCGCGCCUGCGACAUCCCCUGGGAGACGGUGGAGGACUUCAUCAAGCACACCCAGGAAAAGUACCUGGCCGACGGCAAGGUGGACCUCAUCUACUUCACCGGGGACGUCAUCGACCACGGCGUGUGGGACACGAGCCGCGAGACCAACGUUCAGAUCCUCCGCAACACGUUCGCCUCGAUGAAGCAGGCCUUCGGCGACGUGCGCGUCCUGCCCAUCGUCGGCAACCAUGAGCCCCACCCUCUCAACUGCUUCGCCCCAUCCGACAUCACGGACGAUGUGCUCUCUUCUCGCUGGCUCUACGAGGUGCUGGCCGACGUGUGGAUCAAGAAGACCAGGUGGCUCCCCGAGACAACUCGCGACACAAUCAUGAGAGGUGGCUUUUACACGCUUCUGGUAGAGCCAGGUUUUCGCGUGGUUGCGCUCAACAACAUGUACUGCUACCCAAUGAACUGGUGGGUUUUGCACAAUCCUGUGGACCCUUCUGGUCAGUUAGCCUGGCUGGUUGAUGUGUUGUUGGAGGCUGAGGAAGCUGGUGAAAAAGUACACAUUCUUUCCCAUAUCCCAGCUGGAAGUGAAGACUGUCUUGAAUCCUGGUCUCGUGAAUUUGCAAAAAUUGUUGACAGAUUUUCAGCGACAAUAUCAGCUCAUUUUAAUGGACACACACAUGUUGAUGACUUGGUUCUGUUUUAUGAUCAGAACGGCCGGCCUAAUAAUGUAGCAUACAAUGGAGGCUCUCUUACAACGUAUUCUGAUGUAAACCCCAAUUACAAACUAUACCUGGUCGAUGGCAAAAAUGAGCAAGCAACAUGGGAUGUAAUAGACGCAGAACUCUGGGGAUUUAAUUUAACACAUGCAAAUGAAAACCCAGAUAAAAGGCCAGACUGGUAUCGUAUCUACUCUUUUAAAGAGACAUUUGGAGUGAAAUCCAUGCAUCCUGUUCAUCUGGAAACAUUUAUAGGAAGUCUAGCUACAGACAGACAAAUGUUGCAGAAAUAUUACUGGUCUCACAUGUUGGAUAGUGAUCCCAGCCACCGAAGAGGAUGUGAUCAGUGGUGUGCAGAAAGGGUUAUAUGCAACUCGCUAAAAACCGUGCCUGGUCAGAAUGAUCACUGCCAAAAGUUCCUAAAUAAAAGGAGAUAACAAUGUACUUAUUUUGCACCUAGAAUGCAAUUUCAAGUUUCAAGUAUAUUAUAAAAAAGUUAUCUUACAGCCAAUAUCCUUUCACACUGCAAAAGGACAAUUUGGAAAAAGUCCUAUGGUAUAAAUGUAUUUCUAUAAUUUUUCAGAUAUAGGCAGCCAUUUAACAUUUGCUCUAUCCACAAUUUCUUCUUUUGACGAAUCGUCUAGAAGAUGUAUCUAAAAUAUAUUUUAAAAAGAAAAGAAAAGAUAAGCAAUAAUGUAAUUUUCAAGUAUACUGACUUAGUGAGUAAAUGAUACCUGUGAUCUAUGUA